CUUGGAUCAUGAACAGUUUCCUAGAGAUUUUCUUUGUGGUUUCGGCUUUCAUUAGCCUAAUACCUUUUUCUGAGCUCGUACCAAAAAAUUGGACACCAGGGGAGCGCAGGGUUUACGAGCAAUUAAGACUACAGGAUUGCGGAGUCCUAACGAAUGUAAUCCCCUUCCAAAGGCUUCGACGAAGGAUCACAGGUGGCAGGAAAUCUUUCCUAAUGUCCCAACCUUGGAUGGCAUUUCUCUAUGUAACAGGGGAUUUGGAGAUGUGUCGCUGUGGAGGCGCUCUUAUCUCCGAAAGCUUUGUUUUGACUGCUGCCCAUUGCAUCAAAUUGUGUCCACAGUCCACAGAGUUAAGAGUUCGGCUGGGAGAACUCGACUUAACUUCCUCAGAAGACUGCACAACCUACAACUAUAAAAGGGUUUGUGCCCCACCCAUUGAGGAAUUUACUAUAGAAAAGGCGAUUGUUCAUGAGGAUUUUAACCCCUCCUCCCCUUGGUUUGAUGUAGCCCUCCUAAAACUGAACCGGAAAGUGGUCUUUAAAGAUCACAUCCGACCCAUUUGUCUACCUCUGACCGAUCAACUCCUGGCUUUUACCUCCAAUAUUGGACAGUCUUACUUGGCGGUGGGAUGGGGAAAAACGGAGGAUCGUCGUUUUGCCAACAGUACAAUGGAGGUCUAUAUAAACUCUGAGAGGUGUACCGGCGGUAGGGAUAGCUCCUUCCUGUGUGCCAAUGGAGACUAUGUGGAUACCUGUACCGGCGACUCAGGUGGUCCACUCACCUGGUCGACCCUUUACUUUGGCACUGUUCGAACAGUGCAAUUUGGUGUGGUCAGCAUUGGGAGCACAGAGUGUGGAGCUGCUCAGAAGGCCUACUACAUGGAUGUGCCCACCUUUAUGCCCUGGAUAAUCGGCAAGCUGGCAGAGUUCCCACAGUUGGAAGCCAAUUUAGAUACCAAUAAUUUGAGGUAAAGAUGGAAAUAAUAUGUAGAACCAUUACAUUCCCAAAUCAGAAGUUAAA